AUGUUGUCGGCUUAUGGUGUCGGUGCGACAUUGAGGCCGGAUUCUGGGGGCACCAAGGAUGAAGGCUACACAAAUGCUGUGGCUUUGUUUACGGCUAGCGAGACACCAGCUGAGCCGCGCAUUUGUCUGAGAGAAGACGUCAUCAGUUCAGAGACGCCUCUAGCAUCUGUCACCUACUGCAAGGCCCCUCGUCAAGAGUGGGCUCUGGCAGUGUACCCAGAGAAGCCUACAAAGGCCCUCUUCAUCAAGGCCCAAAACACAAACACCAUGGAGGGGAACUGGGAAAUCGAGUCCCAUUGA